AUGUCCAUUCAGAAUGGGAUCUCUCCAUUGCCUCGUUCUCACUUAUAUGCUCUUAGGGACCCUAACUGGAAUGCGGCCAUGCUAGAUGAAGAUAAUGCUAUGUUGAAAACUAACACUUGGAUACUUGUUCUAUGUGGCUUUGUCGACAUUAAUGUCGACGGUUCUUUGCAGCGUCAUAAGGCACGUCUUGUUGCAAAUGGUAAAUCCCAACAGAUUGGAGUUGACUAUUUUGGAACAUUUACCCCGGUUGUAAAACCGGCUACUAUUCGUACUGUUCUCACUAUUGCGCUUCACUCUCCUGGCCUAUACAUCAUCUUAAUGUCAAGAAUGCAUUUCUUCACGGGGAUUUGA